GUUGGGGGUCGGAGCAAAGGGAGAACAGGAACAGUUACGGGGAGAGGAUCUCGGAGCGUCCGGGACCCCAGGCCAGCAGCCAUGGCAGUCGAAGGAGGAAUGAAAUGUGUCAAGUUUCUGCUCUAUGUCUUAGUGUUGGCCUUCUGGGCCUGCGCAGUGGGGCUGAUCGCAGUGGGAGUGGCAGUCCAAUUCACCUUGAACCAGACCAUACCCAUUGGGGCUACAGCGGUAUCUGUGGUGCCUGUUGUCAUCAUAGCUGUGGGCGCCUUUCUCUUCCUGGUGGCCUUCUUGGGCUGUUGUGCAACCUGUAAGGAGAACUACUGUCUCAUGACUACGUUUGCCAUCUUUCUGUCCCUCAUUGUCCUAGUGGAGGUGGCUGCAACCAUCGCUGGUUAUAUCUUCAGGGACAAGGUGAAAUCAGAGUUUGAAGCUGGCUUCCGGGAUCAGAUGAAGGAAUAUGAAAAAAAUAACUCCACUGCAGAGUUCCUGGAUGGUUUGCAGGAAGAAUUCAAUUGCUGUGGGGCAGCGAACUACACAGACUGGGAGCACAUACCCCUGACACCCAAGAACAGGGUCCCUGACUCUUGUUGUGUCAAUGUUACCCAAGGCUGUGGAAAUGGCUUCAAACCUUCGGACAUUAACCAAAAAGGCUGUGUGGAGGAGAUUGGAAAUUGGCUAAAGCAAAAAGCUUUGGUGUUGGCUGGUGCUGCACUGGGCAUUACAUUUGUGGAGAUCUUGGGAGUUAUCUUUGCCUGCUGCCUCAUGAAGAGUAUCCGAAGUGGCUAUGAGGUGAUGUAGGGCUCCCCUGGACCCCUCACCACCUUCUCUUGGCAACAAUGGAGUGGGCUAUGGUGCCCUGGGUUUUUCAAUUAAUAAACGGAUUAUUUUUUUUUUUCACUCUGAAAA